AUGCGGGUUAAACGGGCCCAACCCGUCAGGAAAAUUUUAGGGGUUGAUGGUUGCCAUUUAAGAUCCAAGUAUGGUGGGUAUUUGUUGACAGCAACUGCCAUGGAUCCCAAUGAUGGAAUUUCCCCAAUUGCUUAUACACUGCAUGAUUUAGGAAUUGAUGUUGCGGCAGAGAAUGAAUUCACAUUUAUUUCAGAUAAGCAAAAGGGGUUGAUUCCUGCAUUUAAUGUGGUACUACCAAAUGUGGUUCAUAAAUUCUGUGUAAGGCAUUUGUAUGCAAAUCUGAAGGAUGCAGGCUUUCAUGGCAAAACAAUUAAGGACACAUUGUGGGUAGUAGCAAGAGCCACCAAAGUGAAUUCUUUUAAGGAUGCAAUGAGGAAGAUGAAAGACCUUGAUAGCAAUGCAUUUGAUUGGUUGGUAGACAAACACCCAUCUGAACGGUCAUGCUCACACUUCACAUGUUUUGCGCUAUGGGAUAUUUUAGUGAAUAAUGUGAGUGAGUGCUUCAAUGCUAUGAUAGUUAAGGCUAGGGAAUGUCCUUUGAUAAUGUGCAUUGAGAUGCUUCGGACAAUCUUGAUGACAAGAUUAUUUAAGAAUAAACAAGAGGAAUUUGAAUGGAUAGGACCUAUUUGUCCCAACAUUGUGAAGAAAAUUGUAGUAGAAGAGAAAUUUGAAGGUGGGUAUAUACCAUUACAAUGUGAUUUGAAUUUGUUUGAAGUGAAGAAAUUGCAUACUGAGGAGCAACACCAUGUAGAUUCGGGCAAGAAAACAUGUUCAUGCAGGAAAUGGAAUUUGACUAGAAUCCCAUGUAGACAUCCAAUAUGUGCAAUCUGGAUGAAGAGACACAUUGUCUUGGAUUAUGUAGAUAGUUGCUACACAAUUGAGGCAUACUUGAAAGUUUAUGGAUGUUGCAUCAAAGAAAUGGUUGGUCCAAAUGAGUGGCCUCACACUCAUAGAGAAGUACCCUUGCCACCUGAAUACAAAGCAAAACCUGGCAUGCAAAGGAAACUGAGGUUGAGAGGAGCUGAUGAAAAAAAAAAUCAAAUCACAAACGAUGGGGUCAAUAUGUCUAGAAGGCAUGUGAGUAACACUCUGCCACAAAGCAGCAGAACAGAAGAAAUGGGAACACCUUUAGAGGAAAUGGGAACACCUUUUGCUCACAUGAUUGAUGUAAGUACCCUACACUUAAACUAUAGUUAA